AUGGUGCUUACUCGAAGAACUCUUUCUUUUCGAACUCCCUCGAUGCCCGCUCCAAAAGAGCCUGAAAACGAAAUCGUCUCAUACGCUACUCCCUUGAGGUCAAAUCUCGCCCGUCAGGGGUCUGUUGAGGUCAUCAGCGAUGUAGAAAUGACAUUCAGCUCAAGCUCGCUCAAUCGAAAAAUUACUCGUGCCAAAGCUAAAAAACCACUCAUCAGAUCCCUUGCGACAAUGGCUCAGAUCAGCCGACAGUUGACGAUGCUGGAGACCGUUGAUAAUCAGCUCAAAGAACUGGAAUGGCGCUGGGUGCACCUGGUUGUGGGAGACGGUAUUCUAGCUCUCUCUGAUCCGACGACGUUUCAUCUUCAGUCACGGGUCUCUUUGGCCAUUGCGAAAGUCAGAGAAGUCAGACACCGAGGACGGGGAGUUUUGAAGCUCACGCUGAGUGAUAACACCUGCUACUACCUUAGAUACAAAGAUCGAACCGAGCGACGACGCUGGCUUGGCUGCCUUCUUCAACAAACAUCGAUCCGCCCUAAGAACAUUUCCUCCUACCCCUCCUUUCUCCCAUCCAAACCGGCCAAGCCCGAGCCAGCCUUGCAAGUCCGGACAAAACGAAGUGCUUCCUGCAUGACGCCCAGCGGAAACUCGAGCGCUGAAAUGAGCGCCUCCGACAUCUCCGAAUCCAUCAUCAGCCAGAAAGACCUGUCGAACGCUGAUCAGCUGAUAGCUGAGAAAAGUCAGAGGAGCAUGAAGCGACGCAGGAGUGCAAUCGCUGUUUUCGCAAAGAUCCCGAAUUUGAUCAAGAAACGACUCUCCAUAGCAUGA